ACAGCACGUGGGAAGGACUGCCGGCCGCUACAUAGAUUUGAUACACGCGUCACAUCGUUGCGCCUCUCAACGCGCCGAACCGCACAGUAUCAUUAUGCCACGCAAGCUGAGAACAUAAUAGGUCUGGCCGGAAUAGUCGUGCGCACUUACGGCUUGCUGGACACUGCCAGUGUGUAUCCCAUUCAUAUUCCCUACGCCCCCCAGCCUACAAGUGGUCUCGAAUAUCCUGCAUGGCCAUUUACUCGAUGCUCCCAGGUCAGCUUGGCAGGCGACAAGUUGAUAGCAGCAUAGAUGGCGGUACCCAGCUGCGUUCCAUGUGGCAUCCGUUCAUGUUGACGAUAUGUCCAUCGUUGAUGUUUGGCCUCGUCCUGUUGGGUGCUGUAGGAGGCCUAGAGGCUUUUGUCCGGCUGUCAGACUCGCAUACGGGUUUCGCGGUGCCAUCCACCACUUUGCAGAAUUUGGCCACUUACCUUCCUAUUGCGUUCAUCAUCUUUGUAGGCUGGGUAUGGCAGGCAUACGAACUGGAGGUCAAGAAACUCGUACCAUGGGCGUCGAUGUGCUCGGGCCCCACAGCACCCAGUGACUCCAUUCAACUGGACUAUAUCGGCUCCAACCCACUCGUCGCAAUCACGACGGCCAUCCGCAAGCGACACUAUGGCAUCCUCAUCUGCACCCUGGGGACAGCUGCCGUUGCAGUGUGCUCGAUCGUAGCCGCAAGCAUAUGGGAUCUUGAACCUGCUCCUCGUGUUCUUCCUGUCACUCUCCAGCGCACGGGCACCUAUGACGGUGCAUCCCUUGACAGCCCAGCAGACGUUGCCCAGUCCCUCACCCGCUACCUUGCCCGAACGGUACUACAACUCUCGUCUCCGUCCUGGAUGACCGACGACUACGUGAUCUCCCCGUUCAACUUGAGCGAUGCCACACCGGGAAUGGUGUUGUCGGGUACCACACAGGGAUACAAUACGAGCCUAUCAUGCCAAGCAGCAGACGUGUCGCUCUCGAACAACGGUACGAAUGUGACGAUCACAUACGCCGGGGUGUCCCAAAUGAUACCGUGUGACGUGUUUGUUGACGAGCCUGGAAAUUGGUCAUUCACUGCGAACCCUUACCUGUACACGGGCAAAGUUUUCAACUGGACGGUCGGAUCAAACACUCCCGCCAUUCUCCUGGCGACCCAGUUACUCCCUCCAAACAACUGCGCUUCUGCGGUCGCUGUUGGAUGUAUACCGAGCUAUACGGUAAUGGAUGUGCAGGUAGCUGUUGAUGCUGGUACUGCAGCCUUCAACGAUACUCCACGUGCGGUCGGCACAGCGUCUUCUGUGACGUUUCCUGGAGGCGAAUAUCUGCUACAGAUCAUCGACAACAACAAUGGAGUGACGGGUUCGCCUUGGGACGCUCAAGCACAGGUAUUCUCCAACCACGACGACCCCUUCGCAUACAUACCGUGGACAACGUCACCGCCGAACUUCAGAGAAGUAGGGAACUAUAGCCCGUGGUUCCACCUGCUGCGACAUAUCCUCCUUCUAGAGCCAAAGCAACUCAUGGACGCCAACACCAUUGCUCGAGGCUCGCAGCAGAUCUUCAGCGACAUCUGGCGCAAUGUCAUUCAGCCUAGGAAUGUCACAUCAGACUCGCUACAGGGAACUGCCGCAGUCGCAGACACCCGCCUCAUCAGCCGAGUCGGCUCCAUUAGAGCCAUCCAAGUCUGUCUCUGCGUUCUAGCGGUGAUUGCUAUUUUCGUGUUCGCAUGGAGGCCACAUACCUGUCUCCCUCGUGAUCCUUCAUCUCUGGCGUCCAUCGCUCUUAUCCUUUCGGAGAGCGAAGACUUGGCUCGCAGAUUAGAGGGAAGUAGCUCUGCGACAACAGAAGCGUUAGGGAACCAUUUACGCGGCGCGAAGUAUCAACUGGUAGUGAAUGCCAGCGGAGACAGCGAGAUCGCAGUUUUGUCGGAUGAGACGGACUUCGUUGCGCCAAAGGCAUCACUUCAAUCUGGGGAUGAGGAAGCGCGCUGUCGGUUUGAUUGGACACCACCCAUCCUCUAUCCGGUGGCGAGAGUCACUUUGGCCGUUCUUGUCCUUGUGAUCAUCGCGGUUCUGGAGCUACUGGUGCAGCUCAGCUCCCGUCAUACUGGCCUGGUUAACUAUGACGGGCAAUGGGCUCAGAGGUAUGCGUGGUCGUACGCUGGACCAGUUGUUCUCUUCUUGGUUGGUCUAGGCAUCGAAGUGUUCGACGCGGGCGUUCGAGCGAUCCAUCCCUUCGUCCUCCUGCACCGCGCUCCCCACCCAGGCAACCGACUAACAUACGACCCACUCCAUCAAUCGGUCACUACGUUGCCUUUCCACGCGCUUCGACAUCGACAGCCGAUGGUGCUUGUGAGCACACUGGCUGUGCUCCUUCUACUCGUCGCAAAAAUUGCUGUUGCUGGUCUGUUCACUAUAGGCCAGGUAACGCGCGUGACGAAUGUGCAGGUCAAUCUCAACACCACGUUCGCCUGGAACGCAAGCGCCCUGGCCGACACAAUGGCCACGAAUAUCACUGCGCCCUUUCUCAACCCAGACAUCCCUGGAUACGACUCGGGGAACGACGAUUACGAGCUUCCGCCGCUGGAGCUCAUUGUCAAUGCGGGUCUCGAGACACCCAACUGGACGACGCCGGACAUCGCUGUCGGCGCACUUGCCGCCGACUCCGCCUUCCAGUUCCUGCCAACGAAAUCCAACCUGACCGCCCGUCUCCCCGUACUGUACAGCGACCUCGUCAAUUGCACCGCAGUGCCUUAUGUCCAGAGAGGCAACGCCAGUGAGGGGACUUAUGGCAUUAUACCUCAGCUUGAAUGUGUAGCCAACUAUGGCCACAGCCCAUCCAGGUUCAUUUACGAGGUCACCUUGGACGACACUGGACAUGCAGGCUCUGUUUUUCCGAUCCCUGGGAGGACUGGUAUCGAUGUCGCACAGAUCAACUGCUCUACGAUUUUCUUUCUGUUCGCCCGCAACGACGACAUCAAUCUCGUGUCAUGCAACUAUACGAUGACCCAAUCUACAAUGGAAGCGAAGCUUGCCAUUGACAGCUCCGCGGCGUACCGUGUCUUGUCGGUCAACCGAGCCUCAGAGCAGCAUGUAACACCAGUUGACGAGUUCAGCCAGCUCCCGCUCAUCUUCAGCGGCAUACCCACGCAGGACUCUAUCGUCGACACCGCAUAUACACGCAACAACAGCGCUGACGAUGCGUUUGCCGACGGUGCUCCGUGGCAACUCUUCCACAGCGGCUCGUUCGACUAUCUCUUCUCUGCCAUCACCGCCAACACAUCCGACAUGAACACCCUGCUCGACAAAAACACCCUGAUCACUGCUGUACAGUCGCAAUGGUCUCAGUACUUCGCUCGCCUCGCCGACUUCUAUAUGCGCGUUCCUGCAGACAAGGAGACGUCCGUGUCGGCAGCGCUAGCGGCCCCACAGCAGCGCAUCUUCAUCGAGCCCAAGCCGGCGCGCAUUCUCGAGGGACUCCUCGCGGCGAUCUUCGUCUGCAUCGUGUCGGUCUCGGUCACGCUGAGGACCGCAGGUGUUCUCCCGCGGCCGCCCUACUCCAUCGCAUCGCGGAUGAGUCUCCUCGCGGGAAGCGAGAUGCUGAACCUCCCCGAACUGGGGGAGCCAGGGGCUCAACGACUGUCGACCGAUGCGCUUGAGAAACGGCUGCGCGGCACAUGGUUCAAGCUGGGAUGGUGGGUGGGUGACACGGAGGGCAAGGGGCUACGAUAUGGGAUUGACGUGGAUGGCACCGACCACGACACAGCCGUAGUGCUGGACAGGUAUGUGUCGGUCGACGCCCAGAGCCCGCAAGCCGAGGUUUACGAAAUGAAGCCGAACCUGCAUGAGCGGUUGGGAAGAAGCGUGUCGGACAACAUCGACAAGAUGGUGAGUCCGUGAGACUGAGGCAUCCCUCAGCACACGGCAACCACCAGCUCUAUUGUUGACCCACUGGAUGACUAUGACGACUUGCUACGUACUUUGACUGUAGUCGGGCAAUUGCUGAAGAUCUGAAGACGUGUGCUCUCGAUUAGUAUUUAUGGCUGGUUAGGCCUAUGCCAUUCACGGCCUACUGUGCAAUUAUUUAGUAUCUCUAGGCAUUCUGGUCCGA